AUGUCACAAGUAAUGAAAUCCCCACCGAGCAAUCGCGUUUCUUCGACGAGCUGGGACGGAUUAGCUGAUGGUUUUGGAGAUGAAAAGAAGAAAAUAGGAGAAAGGACGAGGGCGAGGCGGCCGAAGACGCUGUUGAUCUUGAUUGUUAGCACGAUUUUAUUGGUGGGGGACACUGGAGGAAGAAGAAGCGACAUCGCCAUUGGUACGACGGGAAAGCCAAAGUCGGUGAAAGCAAGUAGAGGCGUUCGAAGACACUCCAGCGAUAGCCCCAGAUUCUACAGCGUCCCAUUGACUUCUCUCCUCAUCAUUCUGUUGAAUAGUUCAGUGAAUAUCGAGGGGAGGGAUGUGUACAGAAACAGUGAUAACAGACCGGACAGACCGGCCUACUCCAGAUGGAGUGCGCGAGGGAGUUUCUUUCCGAUAGAGAGACGCGGGAGUUUUGCGACAUUAGAGGACACAGAGUCUCCUAAGGAGAUCCGCCAUGAUACUAAGAUAAAUCAGAAGUUGAAUCAGGGGAGUCAGGCCCUUCGGAGCUACAGGAAGAGUCAGGAGAUUCAGAGCAAGAUGAUGGACGAAGAGCUGUCGGAUACUGAGCUGGCGGAUCUCCAGUCAUUCGAUUUGGGAGAUGCUGGGGGAGAUAAGAACGAACUGCAGAGGCUUCUGGCCAACUUGAGGGGUCAGAGUCUCGAUGAGUUUGAGGAUGAGUACGCGGCUGAUGAGGCGAGAGGACGACGCGGCAGGAGGAGGAAACUCUCCAGCCAUGAGCAGGGUCUUCUGCUCGUUGAAACACUGAAGAAGAAGCGCAAUUACACUGGCAUUGAGGACCACCGGGGCCAUGGAACGCAUCUUCAUAGCGGGAUCAUGGAUAUGCUCGGCAGAAUGAUCCCUCAGACGUGCAAGUAUAAGGGCGCGAGGUUUGAGUGCGGCCUGAGCAUCAGCUGUGUGCUGGGGGGCGGCAGACCGGUGGAUUUGUGCUCCGGGGGGCUCAUCUGGAGCUGCUGCGUCGAUGAUGACGAUAUUCCGGAGAAGGAGCCGGCGAGGCCUAGUGGGGUGGCGCUUUUGCAAAAUGCCACAUUCUUGAGCCUGUCGAAUCGUCCUUACGUGGACGACGACGUGCGGAUCUACGGUAACCAAGGGCGACCCCAGCGCCCAAAUUACCAUCAGCACCACGACACAGCCAUUAACGAGGAUCCAGGAAUUUACGAGCCAACGUAUUCCGCUUGGGAGCAGGAGCGUCCAAACGAGGUGUCGUCAUACGAUAACCCAUACCUGAAUCGUCCAGAGGCUAGUCACCCCAACAACUACUAUCCAGACGAUGACUACGAGAUUAAUCGACCCUCACACCAUGGCUGUGGGGAACUGUACACCAGGAGCAAUAGGAUCGUAGGGGGACACAGCUCGAGCUUCGGCAGUCAUCCGUGGCAGGCGGCGAUUAUCAAGAGUGGAUUUUUGUCAAAGAAAUUGUCCUGUGGAGGGGCCUUGCUCAAUAAUCGAUGGGUCGUGACCGCCGCACAUUGUGUCGCAACGACCCCGAAUAAUAACCUUAAAGUCAGAUUAGGCGAGUGGGACGUGCGCGACGCCGCCGAGAAGUAUCUUCACGAAGAAUACAAUAUAGAACGCAAAGAGGUGCAUCCGCAGUACUCACCCACGGACUUCCGGAAUGACGUUGCUCUGGUUAAGCUAUCCAGGGCGGUUGCUUUCAAGCAGCACAUUGUACCGGUUUGUCUGCCUGCGAGAAAUCUCAAGAUUCAGGGGAGGACGGCUACUGUCGCCGGAUGGGGGAGGACCAGGCAUGGACAGAGCUCGGCACCAACUGUUCUGCAAGAAGUUGAUGUCGAGGUGAUACCUAACGAGAGAUGUCAGAGGUGGUUCAGGGCAGCAGGAAGAAGGGAGACGAUUCACGAUGUCUUCCUCUGUGCAGGGUAUAAAGAAGGAGGGAGAGACUCCUGUCAAGGAGACUCAGGUGGACCUCUAACAAUGGCAGUAGAAGGCAGACACGUUCUAAUCGGCCUAGUGUCCUGGGGCAUUGGUUGUGGACGCGAACACCUACCAGGUGUCUACACGAACAUUCAGAAAUUCGUACCAUGGAUAGACAAAGUCAUGAGCUGA